AUGCAGUGCGGGCUUCAUGACAUGGCGCCAGAGACAGCACUGGAUCAGUGCGGUGUGACCUCCAAGCAGUUGGUGGGAUUGUAUGAGUGCUUGACAAAGGCCGGGAGGCAGGUUCCGGCCCCCUUGGACCUUAUGCUCUACACCCUGAAAGAGCUGAAGGAGAUGGAGAUUCCGGCGCGCGCGGAGGGGGAUGCCGACGUCGGGCCAUGCGUGGCGGUUCCCUUUCUGGAGAUGCAAGAGUCCUAUGUUCUGGGCCGGCGGACUCCUGCCUUGGGCCCUUGCCAGAUCUACACCGAGGUCCUGUUUAAGGACAUCGACCUGCAAGCCCUGCAAGCGGCGGUCCAGCGUGUGGCACAAGCUGAGCCAAUGUUGCGGGCGACUUGCCAAGCAUCAGGCCAGAUGCAGGAGAUCCGCGAAGACUUGCAUUGGCAGCUGGAGGUGGAGGAGGACAGUUCUUUGGCCAGGGCUCGUUGGAGUCGACCCUUGCCAGAAGGUCGAUUCUGGGCCUUAGGCGCCUCCAGGUGUUCUGGUCAGGUCCAAUUGCAUCUCAAGGUGGACAUGACCUUCCUUGACGCCGAGAGCUGGUUGAUCGUUUGCUGCAAAGUCGCCACGGGGUACAGACCGACAACAAGCCUUCCACCGAGCCCCGACCCGAGCCACGAGUUCUUCCGCUAUUGCGCCACGCAACAGCGCGGGGGUCUUGGGGAAGUCGAGUGGAAGGAGAAGUUGAAGGAUCUUCCUCUGGGGCCUGCGCUUCCAUGGUGCAGUCGUAUGGGUCAAGGCCAGGCCUAUGCGUUCGGCCGCGUGCCCUUGUGCGUGUUACGGGAGCAAUGGGAGGACUUGAAGCAACACGCCAAGGAACUCGGUGUGUCCUGCACUCAACUGCUCAUCACGUACUUCCAGGAUGCCAUUGCCUUCAGCAGUGAUGCCAGCUUCACACUGACCGCCACCGUGAGUCGUCGACCAAACCACCUCAAAGGCUGCCUUGGCGAGUUCACCAACGUGGCGCUCCUCUCCUGCAACGCUGAGAGCCUCCAGCAGGAGCGUGGGGUCCGCGCCAAAAACAUCCAGCAGCAGCUCUUGACCCAGCUGGCGCCGGGCCACAUCACAGGCAUGCAGAUCAUGCGGCUUUGGCGGGAGAUCCGCAGAGAGGAGGUGGUGCUCCCUGUGGUGCUGACCUCCUUGUUGGAUUUGGAGCACGCUCAGCCGAUUUCUUUCGGCGAAGAGCGGGCUACCGUAGUCUACCAGCGGACCCAGACCCCCGCAGUGCGCCUUGACGUGCAGUUCUUUGAAGUGCAGAACGAGCUGUGUGUGAAUUUCGACUACGAUGAGCGCUGGCUUUCUGAGGACGUGGUGAAGCAGCUGGCGAAGUCGUUUGAAGAGGCUUUGGCCGGGGAGAAGCUCUCCGUGUUGCAUGGUGGACGGUUGGACACGCAGGCUUACAACCACAGCUUGUUGCAUGAGCUGGCUUUCGCCGAUCUGGACGCAAAGAAGGACUUGCCGGCCUUGCGCAGCCCGCAACACACACUUAGCUAUGACGAUCUUGACCGAGUCACCAACUACUUGGCCAACGAGCUGACCAUGAUCUGGAACAAUCAGGGAGUUCGUUCCAAUUUCUGCGAUGUCCGUGUGGCAGUGGCUUUGGAGAAAGGCUGGGAGCAGGUGGUCGCCUGCCUUGGCGUGCUGCGCAGUGGCGCGUGCUAUGUCCCACUCGAGCUGAGCGACUGCCGCUGGAAGAAGGUGCUGUCCAGCGCAGACUGCAGCUUGGCCUUGAUCAAGGAAGGCUGCGACGUGCGCCAGGAGACAGACACCAAGUGCCAGUGCUUGGAGAUCGGCGAAGUCUGGUUGGAAAGAGCUCGGACAGCUGAAUGCAAGCAUAUCCAGGCCCAACCCCGUGGCUGUGACGCAGCUUACAUCAUCUUCACUUCUGGCACCACCGGGGAGCCCAAAGGGGUGGUGAUCUCGCACAAGUCUGCGUGCAACACCUGCAUCAGCGUGAGCCACCUGCUGAAGCUCACGAAGGAUGACCGAGUACUGGCGUUAUCGAAUCUCAACUUCGAUCUGUCUGUCUAUGACAUUUUUGGCACACUUGCUGCUGGAGCAUGCAUUGUAAUGUGCAAGCAAGAUGACCUCAAGCGUUACCUGAACCUUUGCAAAGUGGUGUCGAAGGAGCAUGUCACAAUCUGGAAUUCCGUGCCAUUACGGUUUCAGCUUCUCGUAGACGAGUGGUGUGACAGCUAUUUCAUGCCUAUCCGAGCAGCGCUUAUCAGCGGUGACGCUAUCCAGACCUCCUUCGCGCGGAAGGUGAAGCGGCGCUUUCCCGCGCUACAAUUUCUCGCGCUGGGAGGAGCCACUGAGGCAUCCAUUUGGAGCAACUUCCACGAGUUCACGGAGGCGUCGCCUGACCUGCCCUUGGUUUUGUAUGGGAAGCCGUUGACCAAUCAGCAGAUGUAUGUCUUGGACAGCCAGAUGCGCAUCCGACCUGCGUAUGUGCCGGGGGAGAUCUUCAUUGGAGGCUCUGGUGUAGCGAAGGAGUACUUCCGAGACCAGCAGCGGACAGCCAAGUCUUUUCUGGAGCACAGAGAAUAUGGGCGAUUGUACAAGACAGGUGACAUGGGCUGCUAUCUGCCCAGUGGGGAGAUUCAGAUCAUGGGCAGACUGGACCAGCAGGUCAAGGUGGAUGGCUACCGAGUGGAGCUUGCCGAGAUCGAGGCAGCUGCUCACGAGAUUUUGCCGAAGCAGGUUCGAGUUAUCGUGGCAGCUGAGAAGGGACAAGGGGUCAUCCUUCGGGGUUUCCUUUGCGGGCAGUGUCCAGAGCUGAACAUGGCGGAGUUGAAGCAGAUGCUGCAGGAUGGCCUCAAGGAGCGGCUGCCGAUCUACAUGCGCCCCAGGACCUGGUCCACCGCCCAGAACCUUCCGCAGGGUGCCAACGGCAAGGUGGACCGCCAGAAGCUCCUGGAGAGCAGGGCGCCGGAGGCGCAGUUUGCGAGUGCCGUCCACGUGGCGAGUGCUGAGGAGCUCUUGCGCAUCACCCAAGGUGUGCUGAGCAAUCCGGACCUUGCCAUGGAUGCAGACCUGGCAGAGGCAGGGAUGAACUCUCUCCGUGCCAGAGAUCUCCACAUUGCGAUCCUGAAAGCCUUUGGCGUGAACGUGCCCAGCUACGCCGUCUUUGAUCAUUUCACCGUGCGCGCGCUGGCGCGUGCCUUCCUCAAUCCGGCUGGCGCCGGCGGUGUUGAGUCACCCGUCCUGGAAGCGCUUCCCUCGUUGCAGCCGAAGCGGCAGCGCAGCGUGGUGCAGGGUGUGGGCAUGUGUCUGCCCGGCGGCUUUUUUGAGCUCCACCAGGGCAUCAACUGCGUGACGACCGUGCCUUUGCUCCGCUUUGAUGUGGACGAAUAUUUCAGCCCAGACAUGGAAAUUGGGAAGACGUACACCAGGCAUGGGUCUUUCAUCCCUUCUCUGGGGUGGUUCGACUCUGAUGCGUUCCCCCUCAGUGAGCAUGAGGUUGCAGCCAUGGACCCACAGCAGCGCCUAGCCUUGCAGGUGGCUGCCAUGGCGAUGGGACCUCAGGCCACCGGGCCUUCCCGGGGCUCAGUUGGGGUCUAUGCUGGCCAGAUGGAUUAUGACUGGAUGGUCUCCUCCAAGGCGCCAGCGCCAUAUGGGAGCACCGGCGUUGCCCCGUCCAUCACGGCCAAUCGGAUCAGUUUUGUCUUUGACCUGAGAGGCCCCAGCAUGACCAUUGACACGGCCUGCUCCGCCAGUCUGACUGCAGCGCACCAGGCCAUGCAGGCCAUGAAUGACGGGCCAGGGGCCGCCCUGGUUGUGGGAACGCAUGUCUUGCUUGCGCCUGACAUGUACCUCCAUGCCUGCAAGGCCAAGAUGCUUUCCCCCAAAGGCCGCUGUGCCACCUUUGACCAGAGUGCGGAUGGCUUUGUGCGGGGCGAGGGUGUGGCAUCGAUGUUUCUGGUGCUGGACCCCGACAUUGCUCUCUGCCAGGUUUUGGGGACGGCCUCCAACCAGAACGGCCGCAGCGCGGGCCUCACCAAGCCGAAGUCUGACGCUCAGAAGGUGGUGAUUGGCGAGGGGCUCCGACGAGCUGGCGUGGAUGGCUGCGCUGUGCUUGUCCAUGAGCUCCACGGCACUGGCACGCGCUUGGGUGAUCCCUUGGAGGCAGAGGCUGUCAGGGCUAUGCUGGGCGAGAGUCUUGUCCUACAAGCCCUCAAGACCCACUUUGGGCACCUGGAGGGUGCCGCGGGCAUCGCUGGCUUGAUGAAGCAGGUGGCCUUGUUGCAGAGCCUUGCCGCCACGCCCAACCUGCACUUGUACAAGCUCAAUGAUGAGGUCGCGCUUGCAAAGGAUGCCAAGCAUGUGUUGGAGGUUGUGGACUUGUCAGCGACUUCACCGUGGACUUGUGCUGCUAGCAGGUAUGUGGCCAGCGUUUCCUCGUUCGGCUUCGGGGGCAGCAAUGCCUUUGCAGUUUUGGAAGCCAUGCAGCCCGUGGAAGCUGGCAAGAAAGCUUGGAAAGAUUUGUCCACAGCAGCUGCUGCGUUGCGCUCAGGGCCCAAGAAGUACUUUGCCCUGAUUGAGCAUGAUGUUCAGCGCACCAAGUGGAUGGAGCUCAAGGAUGGCCUUUGCCGGGUCACUGCUCAGCUUUGCACGUAUAAGCCGAGCAUGGGGCAGGCUGACCUUGCCACAGCCAAGGACAAUGCGAGGCUGUUGGCUGUGGCCUGCUGGCCCAGCGAGCAGCAGCAGACGUCACUUCAAAUCAUCGAAAGAUGUUCAGCCUUUGUUCUGAAAACCUUGCAGAAGGCAGGCGAGGAGCCGGGCGCGUGGCGUCUGCUGGUCGCUGGUAGAGGUCAAGCGGCAGAGGCGUGCUUUGCAGCCGCCGCCUCCAUGCUGCGGAGUGCGCAGGGUGAGCAGGAGCUUCGCGUGCAGGUGGUGCACUUGCCCGCGAGCUCCUGGGCAGAGGUGGAGGCAGCCUUAGCGGAGCACUCUGGCCUGAAGUUGCCGCCGGUGUCGGAAGAGCCCGUUUGCCGGGUCAGACCUGAGGGUGUCCUGGUGCCGCGGCUGGAGCGGUGGCGCCCCGACCGGCAGCCCGGUGUCAGCGUGCGCCUGGGAGGCCGCUACGUCAUCACCGGCGGCAGCGGCGCUCUGGCCAGGGUGUGCGCCGAAUGGCUCCUGGGCCGAGGUGCUGCCGCGGUGACGCUGCUUUCUCGCAGCUGCCCUGGAUACUUGGAACAUGACAGGCGUCUUCACUGGCUUCGCUGCGAUGUGUCCGUGGCGGGUGAGUUGCGCAACGCUAUCCAGGCCAUCCGGGAAAAGGGGAAGGUCCAUGGGGUGAUGCAUGCGGCGGGCGUCCUGGCAGAUGCGAUGCUUGUUAACCAGUCGGAGGAGCUGUUGCGCCGCGCCUUCGGCCCGAAGAUCCUCCCAGCGCUGCUGCUGCCUGAGCUCGAGCCUUCGGACUGGCUGGUGAUGUUCUCCUCCGCCGCGGUGCUGGGCUCGCCGGGCCAGUGCGCCUACGCGGCCGCGAACGCUGCCAUGGACGGGCUCGUCUCCGCUUCCGACUCUGGCUCUGGCGCCAGGAUGCUCAGCGUCCAAUGGGGGCCUUGGACGGAGGGCAUGGCCACGCAGGUGAAGGGCGCCCUUGCCAGGGCUGCUGAGCGGGGCUGGGCCCCUUUGCCUCGCAACAUGGGCCUGGCCAUUUUGGAGCUUCUGCUAGACAGCGGAGCUACAGGGGUACUUUGCGCCGUCCAUCGCAGUGAAGAGGUUCCCGCAGCUGCCCCGGCUCCCAAAGUCUUACAGAGCAAGACAUUCUCCGACCUGGAUGUGCUCAGCAUUGUGCGGGCCCACGUUGCCGAGCUGGUGAGCAAGAGAAGCUGCGGGGGCCCAUUGCAAGAACUUGGGGACUCGGCCCCAAUUCUCGAAGGGUUGGAAUCUCUGGAGACUGAGGAGCUCCAUGCAGCGCUGCAGAAGACCUUCAACAUCCGCCUGCUUCAAGGGACAGUAAUUAAUCAUCCGACUAUCAAGCAGCUUGCCCACUGCAUAGGUGACAGCCUGAGAAAUGACACGGAUCUGAACCUUAAGUCCACUGCCGCGGACGGUCCGAUGACCUGGGCGGAGCUGCCAGGCGCGCCGGAUCGCAAGGGUUGCUUGACCCUGUUCCUGAUUGGCGGCGCUGCCGGGGACGUGCGCAAAUCAUUUGGGGAGUUUGCGUCCUUUUACCCUGGGAGGGUGUUUGCAGCAAUGCCGCCCAGAAGGCGUGGCGUGUCAAUGAAGGACAUCCUUGAAGAACUGGGGCCUUCGCUGGGCACGAGAUCGGGAGGGCAGCCCUUCAUGCUCGGCGGCCUGUCCUUUGGCGCAACUGUUGCGCUUGAGCUGCUUCGCGUUCGGUAUGCCAAGGGGGCCCUGGGCAUCAUCGUGUUCGACCCUCGCAACCUGCCCCCAUACUCGACGGCCGCCUUGCCUCGUGACCCGUUGUGGUAUGAAACGCUUUGCAGCAGAAUGGAGGCGCCCAAGCUUCCGAUUCCUGGCAUUCAUAUCUUGGCAAGGCUCGGAUCCUACCAUGGCGAUGGCUUCAAAGCACCCGCAGCAGAAGGCUUCCAGAAUGAUGAAGAAGUUCGGGAAAGGGUGCGCUGCAUUUUUCCGCAUGGCCUUUCAACGGUACCCGUGGAUGCAGACCACUUCGAGUUCUUGUCUGACUCACAUGCCAAAGCGCUUGCCCAGCACUUGGGACAGCUUGCCAUGCACGGGCCCAAGUUGCUGGAGGCUGACUUGCGCCCACCGCCUAAGAUCAGCCUGGAAGUUGCUUGCAUGGCCUGCGACCUGCCGAGCGCAAGAGGAGCCAGCGCCUUGCUGGUCGACGCCGUGACCCAGAUCCCAUUCUCACGGAUGGACCUGGAGAGCUCACAGAUCUACACCAAACACGGAGCCUGCAUGGCGGAGGUGGAGUGGUUCGACCAUCAGCACUUCGGCAUCAAAGCAGCGGAAGCCUGGGUCAUGGAUCCUCAGCAGCGGCUGCUCUUGCAGCAGGCGUGCAUGGUUUUGCAGGCAUGCGAAAAAGAGACGGGUGUCUGGAUUGGCCAGGCGAAUCAUGACUGGCUCUCGCUACGUGGCUGGGAGGCAUGUCCCUUCUCUGCAGGAGGGAGUUCCCCCGCCAUCUCGGCCAACCGGGUGAACUAUGUCUUCAACCUGCUCGGCCCGAGCGCUUCGGUUGACACAGCGUGCUCCUCAAGCUUGGUCGCCUUCUCCCAAGCGCGGAACGCUCUUGACCUGGAGAAGUGUUCACGGGCACUGGUUGGGGGCACCCAUGUUUUUGCAGACCCAGGCAUGUUUCGGGCUGCUUGCAGCACGAAAGCGCUGUCACAGAGCGGCCGGUGCCGCACCUUGGACGCCUCGGCUGACGGCUACUGCCGUGGGGAAGGAGUGGCAGCACUGGUUUUGCAGCCUGCUGCUGGGGACGCAGGUGUGGCAGCCGCGGCUGUGCCAGCCACGGCAACCAACCACAAUGGGCGCAGCGCCAGCUUGACAGCGCCGAGCGGGCCUGCUCAGCAGGAGCUCAUGCGGGAGGCCUUGCGCGUGGCAAGCGCGAAGGGCGCAGACGUGGGCUGUGUGGAGUUGCAUGGCACGGGCACCAAACUGGGCGACCCCAUCGAGGCGCAGUCCACAUUGGCUGUGUUCUCCAGGUCUGAGCAGUCUGCUAUAAACUCCGCGUGCCUGGUUUUGGGCGCUGUCAAGACCAACAUGGGGCACCUUGAAGGCUCUGCCGGCAUGGCCGGGUUGUUCAAGCUGAUGACCACUCUGCGCCGCCGUGUGGCCAUGCCCAACCUGCACAUCCGCCAGCUCAACGCCCAUUUGAGAGAGCUCAAUGACAGCAGCCUCUUCCCCGACGCCCUGAUGGCCUGCCGGGCUCAGCUGGGCGCUGUGUCCUCCUUCGGCUUCGGAGGCAGCAACGCGCAGGUCCUGCUCCAGCAGCUGGAGGCAGACCCACGAAGCGCGUUCAACGCGCCGGUCCUGGGCGCCAAGGUGUUCCUUCCCUGGCGGCGCUUGCUUUGUCCUCCUUUGGCUCGCCAAGAUGGAUCCGUGUUCCGGCUUCAGCAAUGCAGAGACCUGUUUGUUGACCACAGCAUUGGAGGAGAUGUGCUGCUUCCGGCCACCUGCUUGCUGACUAUGCUUGCUGGCGCAUGGGUGGAGAUCAACGGCUUCCAGGGUGGAGUGUGUUUGGAAGGGCUGCGCUUCCUUCGUCCAACUAAGAUCUCUGACGACUCUGUGGUGAUGAUUCGGUUCGUUGCAGCGCUCCCAGGACAGGCCUCGGCUGUGGUGGAGUGUGGCGGCGAAUCCACUGCGGAGGCAAGAGCAGUUGGCUGCCAGCCCAUGCCAGAUCGCCCGGACAUCAAUAACGUCGACUGCGCGUGCCACGUGGAUUUGCAGAGCUUCUACGCAGAGUUGGAGGGCAAGGGUGUGCGCAUGGGCCCGCGGUUCCGUGUGCUAGAGGAUGUCCGCCGUGGCAGUGGCGCAGCCGCUGCCAAGCUGCAGUUGCCGCCUUGCGCUGAGCCGUGGGAAUACGCCUUGCGGCUGCCGCACUGGAGUUUAUUGGACGGUGCUAUCCAGCUGCUCGGAGUUUUGUGCCAUGACCGCGCAGGUGUGUGCUUGCCCUUCACUUUGGAGAGGUGCUGGCUCAGCGAAGUGCCCCUGAGCAACCAGCAGCUGAGAGCUUAUGCCAAAGUCACAAUCGUGAGAGAGGGACUCUUGGAAGGCAAUGUCACAGUGGCCACGGAGGCAGGAAGAGCCGUGGCGUUCUUUGAGGGCAUCGUUGCCCGGACGCUGAACUCACCGCAGCAAAUUUCUCUUGACCGCGAUCUUUACAAAGCGAGUUGGCUGCGAUGCGCCGCGGUAGCCUCUGGCUCAUCUAGCCUCCAGCUGCUGGAUUCUGAUGAUGCACGUUUCAGGCAUGGGGUCGGAGAUGGACUGAGGCUGCUGGCCCUGCAGUGCUGGAACCAAGAGAGUGCUGAGGAGGAUGCCGCAGUUCUGAUUCAGUGCGCAGCGAAGAUACUGGAGACCUUACAGCAGGCAGCUAUGGAGCAAAGGCAGCCGGGGGUGAGCAACCCCGGCGCCUGGCGUUUGCUGAUCGCUGGCAGCGGCCAGCUGGCAGAGGCGUCCUUUGGUGCCGCCGUCGGCAUGCUGCGGAGCGCGCAGUGUGAGCAGGACCUGCAUGUGCAGGUGGUGCAUUUGCCCGCGAGCUCCUGGGCAGAGGUGGAGGCAGCCUUAGCGGAGCACUCUGACCUGAAGUUGCCGCCGGUGUCGGACGAGCCCGUCUGCCGCGUCAGCCAAGAGAGCAUCCUGGUGCCGCGGCUGGAGCGGUGGCGCCCCGACCGGCAGCCCGGGGUCAGUGUGCGCCUGGACGGCCGCUACGUCAUCACUGGCGGCAGCGGCUCUUUGGCCAGGGUGUGCGCCGAGUGGCUCCUGGGCCGAGGUGCUGCCUCGGUGACACUGCUCUCGCGCAGCUGCCCGGGAUACUUGGAAGAUGACAGGCGUCUUCAUUGGCUUCGCUGCGAUGUGUCCGUGGCGGGUGAGUUGCGCAGCGCUAUCCAGGCCAUCCGGGACAAGGGCGAGGUCCACGGGGUGAUGCACGCGGCGGGCGUCCUGGCAGAUGCGAUGCUCGCCAACCAGUCGAAGGAGCUGUUGCGCCGCGCCUUCGGCCCGAAGAUCCUCCCAGCGCUGCUGCUGCCUGAGCUCGAGCCUUCAGACUGGCUGGUGAUGUUCUCCUCCGCCGCGGUGCUGGGCUCGCCGGGCCAGUGCGCCUACGCGGCCGCGAACGCUGCCAUGGACGGGCUCGUCUCCGCUUCCGACUCUGGCUCUGGCGCCAGGAUGCUCAGCGUCCAAUGGGGGCCUUGGAGCGAGGUCGGGAUGGCAGCCAACCACGACCUUCUGAGCAGGGUCGAGCGGCACGGCUUUGGAUCUUUCACUAACAGCCAGGGCAUUGAUGUUUUGGACUGUCUCCUCGCCCAAGCUGCUCAAGGUCCUCUUUGUGCAGCGCGUGUCAACUGGAAUGCUUUCAGCUGGCCGGGCCAUCCUGUGAUGAUGUCCCACAUCCACAUCCGCAUUGGCCAUCCCCUUCCCAACCUCCCUCAGGGUGCUGUCAAGAUGAAGAUGCAGCGCCCAGAUGCGUUGGCACUGCUCCAGCGACUUGCCACGGACAUGCUGGGCCAUGAGCUGGACCCCAAUCAGCCCCUGAUGGAUGCCGGAGUGGACUCACUUUUGGCAGUGGAGCUUGCCAACCGCGUCUCCAAAGAAAUCGGCGCGAAGCUUCCGUCAACUUGGCUUUUUGAUUUUCCAACACUGGGAUCGAUGGCGGACCAGCUGGCUCAACAAGCUGGCGCCCACGUUCGCGGGGCUGCGCCGCCCAACUUGCCAGUUGCUACACCGCGGGCGGCCAUGGUAGUGGCCGGAGCCUGCUGCCAGCUGCCUGGCGUUUCCAUCGCCGAUGUUCUUUGCGGUGGCCGGGAUUGUGUUGUGGAGGUACCAACCUUGCGCAUGGACCUUGACUCUUGGUAUGGUCCUGAAGCUGGGUCUGCUGGCAUGUCCUACACACAACAUGCUGCGUGCAUGGAUGGUGUGGAGUGGUUUGACGCUACCUAUUUCAAGAUCAGCAUCCCAGAAGCAAGCGCCAUGGACCCGCAGCAGCGGUUGCUUUUGCAGGCAGCAGCUUGCGCAGGCUGCGAGGCAGUGGAGAAGUCUGCUGCAGUUGUUGUUGGACAGGCUAAUCAUGACUGGCCGCUACAAAACCACCCCGGAACACCUUUCAUUGGCACCGGCCUAUCGCCUGCCAUCACGAGCAACCGCAUCAGCUUCCACUUUCAGCUGAAAGGGCUCAGCAUGACCGUCGACACUGCCUGCUCGUCCAGCCUGGUAGCGUUGGUCGUGGCCCAAAGCCGCAGCGACGCCGCGCUUGUGGGCGCCACGCACGUGAUGAUGAGCGCGCUGCCCUUCAUCGGAUCAUGCGCGGCAGGCAUGUUGUCACAGAGCGGCCGGUGCCGCACCUUGGACUCCUCGGCUGACGGCUACUGCCGCGGGGAAGGAGUGGCAGCACUGGUCUUGCAGCGUGCCGCUCGGGACGCAGGUGUGGCAGCCGCGGCUGUGCCAGCCACGGCAACCAACCACAAUGGGCGCAGCGCCAGCUUGACAGCGCCGAGUGGGCCUGCUCAGCAGGAGCUCAUGCGGGAGGCCUUGCGCAUGGCAAGCGCGAAGGGCGCAGACGUGGGCUUUGUGGAGUUGCAUGGCACGGGCACCAAACUGGGCGACCCCAUCGAGGCGCAGUCCACAUUGGCUGUGUUCUCCAGGUCUGAGCAGUCUGCUAUAAACUCCGCGUGCCUGGUUUUGGGCGCUGUCAAGACCAACAUGGGGCACCUUGAAGGCUCUGCCGGCAUGGCCGGGUUGUUCAAGCUGAUGACCACUCUGCGCCGCCGUGUGGCCAUGCCCAACCUGCACAUCCGCCAGCUCAACGCCCAUUUGAGAGAGCUCAAUGACAGCAGCCUCUUCCCCGACGCCCUGAUGGCCUGCCGGGCUCAGCUGGGCGCUGUGUCCUCCUUCGGCUUCGGAGGCAGCAACGCGCAGGUCCUGCUCCAGCAGCUGGAGGCAGACCCACGAAGAGCGUUCAACGCGCCGGUCCUGGGCCCCAAGGUGUUCCUUCCCUGGCGGCGCUUGCUUUGUCCUCCUUUGGCUCGCCAAGAUGGAUCCGUGUUCCGGCUUCAGCAAUGCAGAGACCUGUUUGUUGACCACAGCAUUGGAGGAGAUGUGCUGCUUCCGGCCACCUGCUUGCUGACUAUGCUUGCUGGCGCAUGGGUGGAGAUCAACGGCUUCCAGGGUGGAGUGUGUUUGGAAGGGCUGCGCUUCCUUCGUCCAACUAAGAUCUCUGACGACUCUGUGGUGAUGAUUCGGUUCGUUGCAGCGCUCCCAGGACAGGCCUCGGCUGUGGUGGAGUGUGGCGGCGAAUCCACUGCGGAGGCAAGAGCAGUUGGCUGCCAGCCCAUGCCAGAUCGCCCGGACAUCAAUAAUGUCGACUGCGCGUGCCACGUGGAUUUGCAGAGCUUCUACGCAGAGUUGGAGGGCAAGGGUGUGCGCAUGGGCCCGCGUUUCCGUGUGCUAGAGGAUGUCCGCCGUGGCAGUGGCGCAGCCGCUGCCAAGCUGCAGUUGCCGCCUUGCGCUGAGCCGUGGGAAUACGCCUUGCGGCUGCCGCACUGGAGUUUAUUGGACGGUGCUAUCCAGCUGCUCGGAGUUUUGUGCCAUGACCGCGCAGGUGUGUGCUUGCCCUUCACUUUGGAGAGGUGCUGGCUCAGCGAAGUGCCCCUGAGCAACCAGCAGCUGAGAGCUUAUGCCAAAGUCACAAUCGUGAGAGAGGGACUCUUGGAAGGCAAUGUCACAGUGGCCACGGAGGCAGGAAGAGCCGUGGCGUUCUUUGAGGGCAUCGUUGCCCGGACGCUGAACUCACCGCAGCAAAUCUCUCUUGACCGCGAUCUCUACAAAGCGAGUUGGCUGCGAUGCGCCGCGGUAGCCUCUGGCUCAUCUAGCCUCCAGCUGCUGGAUUCUGAUGAUGCACGUUUCAGGCAUGGGGUCGGAGAUGGACUGAGGCUGCUGGCCCUGCAGUGCUGGAACCAAGAGAGUGCUGAGGAGGAUGCCGCAGUUCUGAUUCAGUGCGCAGCGAAGAUACUGGAGACCUUACAGCAGGCAGCUAUGGAGCAAAGGCAGCCGGGGGUGAGCAACCCCGGCGCCUGGCGUUUGCUGAUCGCUGGCAGCGGCCAGCUGGCAGAGGCGUCCUUUGGUGCCGCCGUCGGCAUGCUGCGGAGCGCGCAGUGUGAGCAGGACCUGCAUGUGCAGGUGGUGCAUUUGCCCGCGAGCUCCUGGGCAGAGGUGGAGGCAGCCUUAGCGGAGCACUCUGACCUGAAGUUGCCGCCGGUGUCGGACGAGCCCGUCUGCCGUGUCAGCCCCGAGAGCAUCCUGGUGCCGCGGCUGGAGCGGUGGCGCCCCGACCGGCAGCCCGGGGUCAGUGUGCGCCUGGACGGCCGCUACGUCAUCACUGGCGGCAGCGGCUCUCUGGCCAGGGUGUGCGCCGAGUGGCUCCUGGGCCGAGGUGCUGCCUCGGUGACGCUGCUCUCGCGCAGCUGCCCUGGAUACUUGGAAGAUGACAGGCGUCUUCAUUGGCUUCGCUGCGAUGUGUCCGUGGCGGGUGAGUUGCGCAGCGCUAUCCAGGCCAUCCGGGACAAGGGCGAGGUCCACGGGGUGAUGCACGCGGCGGGCGUCCUGGCAGAUGCGAUGCUCGCCAACCAGUCGGAGGAGCUGUUGCGCCGCGCCUUCGGCCCGAAGAUCCUCCCAGCGCUGCUGCUGCCUGAGCUCGAGCCUUCAGACUGGCUGGUGAUGUUCUCCUCCGCCGCGGUGCUGGGCUCGCCGGGCCAGUGCGCCUACGCAGCCGCGAACGCUGCCAUGGACGGGCUCGUCUCCGCUUCCGACUCUGGCUCUGGCGCCAGGACGCUCAGCGUCCAAUGGGGGCCUUGGAGCGAGGUCGGGAUGGCAGCCAACCACGACCUUCUGAGCAGGGCCGAGCGGCACGGUUUUGGAUCUUUCACUAACAGCCAGGGCAUUGAUGUUUUGGACUGUCUCCUCGCCCAAGCUGCUCAAGGUCCUCUUUGUGCAGCGCGUGUCAACUGGAACGCUUUCAGCUGGCCGGGCCAUCCUGCGAUGAUGUCCCACAUCCACAUCCGCAUUGGCCAUCCCCUUCCCAACCUCCCUCAGGGUGCUGUCAAGAUGAAGAUGCAGCGCCCAGAUGCGUUGGCACUGCUCCAGCGACUUGCCACGGACAUGCUGGGCCAUGAGCUGGACCCCAAUCAGCCCCUGAUGGAUGCCGGAGUGGACUCACUCUUGGCAGUGGAGCUUGCCAACCGCGUCUCCAAAGAAAUCGGCGCGAAGCUUCCGUCAACUUGGCUUUUUGAUUUUCCAACCCUGGGAUCGAUGGCGGACCAGCUGGCUCAACAAGCUGGCGCCCACAUUCGCGAGGAUGCGCCGCCCAACUUGCCAGUUGCUGCGCCGCGGGCGGCCAUGAUAGUGGCCGGAGCCUGCUGCCAGCUGCCUGGCGUUUCCAUCGCCGAUGUUCUUUGCGGUGGCCGGGAUUGUGUUGUGGAGGUACCCAGCUUUCGCAUGGACCUUGACUCUUGGUAUGAUCCUGAAGCUGGGUCUGCUGGCAUGUCCUACACACAACAUGCUGCGUGCAUGGAUGGUGUGGAGUGGUUUGACGCUGCCUAUUUCAAGAUCAGCAUCCCAGAAGCAAGCGCCAUGGACCCGCAGCAGCGGUUGCUUUUGCAAGCAGCAGCUUGCGCAGGCUGCGAGGCAGUGGAGAAGUCUGCUGCAGUUGUUGUUGGACAGGCUAAUCAUGACUGGCCGCUACAAAACCACCCCGGAACACCUUUCAUUGGCACCGGCCUAUCGCCUGCCAUCACGAGCAACCGCAUCAGCUUCCACUUUCAGCUGAAAGGGCUCAGCACGACCGUCGACACUGCCUGCUCGUCCAGCCUGGUAGCGUUGGUAGUGGCCCAAAGCCGCAGUGACGCCGCGCUUGUGGGCGCCACACACGUGAUGAUGAGCGCGCUGCCCUUCAUCGGAUCAUGCGCGGCAGGCAUGUUGUCACAGAGCGGCCGGUGCCGCACCUUGGACUCCUCGGCUGACGGCUACUGCCGCGGGGAAGGAGUGGCAGCACUGGUCUUGCAGCGUGCCGCUCGGGACGCAGGUGUGACAGCCGCGGCUGUGCCAGCCACGGCAACCAACCACAACGGACACAGCGCCAGCUUGACAGCGCCGAGCGGGCCUGCUCAGCAGGAGCUCAUGCGGGAGGCCCUGCGCAUGGCAAGCGCGAAGGGCGCAGACGUGGGCUUUGUGGAGUUGCAUGGCACGGGCACCAAACUGGGCGACCCCAUCGAGGCGCAGUCCACAUUGGCGGUGUUCUCCAGGUCUGAGCAGUCCGCGUGCCUGGUUUUGGGCGCUGUCAAGACCAACAUGGGGCACCUUGAAGGCUCUGCCGGCAUGGCCGGGUUGUUCAAGCUGAUGGCCACUCUGCGCCGCCGUGUGGCCAUGCCCAACCUGCACAUCCGCCAGCUCAACGCCCAUUUGAGAGAGCUCAAUGACAGCAGCUUCUUCCCCGACGCCCUGAUGGCCUGCCGGGCUCAGCUGGGCGCCGUGUCCUCCUUCGGCUUCGGAGGCAGCAACGCGCAGGUCCUGCUCCAGCAGCUGGAGGCAGACCCACAAGCUGCACGAGUCCAGACCCCUCCCACUGUGUGUUGGCAUGGCAGGCAAGGAGCAUUUUUCGACAUCCCCGGGACACCAUCUGUGUUGCACACAACAAGAUGGCAAAGCGCUCCAUGCGCAGCUGCAAGUGUGCCGAUCAUGCUUGCCUCCAAGCAAGUCUUUCGUGGCAUGGCCAGAGAGUGGAGUGCAGAUGGAGUGAGGCUAUUGGCCAUGAAAUGCUGGGACCGAGAGAUUGCUGAGGAGGCCGAGGGCGACCAGCAGCAGACGUCACUUCAAAUCAUCGAAAGAUGUUCAGCCUUUGUUCUGAAAACCUUGCAGAAGGCAGGCGAGGAGCCGGGCGCGUGGCGUCUGCUGGUCGCUGGUAGAGGUCAAGCGGCAGAGGCGUGCUUUGCAGCCGCCGCCUCCAUGCUGCGGAGUGCGCAGGGUGAGCAGGAGCUGCGCGUGCAGGUGGUGCAUUUGCCCGCGAGCUCCUGGGCAGAGGUGGAGGCAGCCUUAGCGGAGCACUCUGACCUGAAGUUGCCGCCGGUGUCGGACGAGCCCGUCUGCCGCGUCAGCCCCGAGAGCAUCCUGGUGCCGCGGCUGGAGCGGUGGCGCCCCGACCGGCAGCCCGGGGUCAGUGUGCGCCUGGACGGCCGCUACGUCAUCACUGGCGGCAGCGGCUCUCUGGCCAGGGUGUGCGCCGAGUGGCUCCUUAGCCGAGGUGCUACCUCGGUGACACUGCUCUCGCGCAGCUGCCCGGGAUACUUGGAAGAUGACAGGCGUCUUCAUUGGCUUCGCUGCGAUGUGUCCGUGGCGGGUGAGUUGCGCAGCGCUAUCCAGGCCAUCCGGGACAAGGGCGAGGUCCACGGGGUGAUGCACGCGGCGGGCGUCCUGGCAGAUGCGAUGCUCGCCAACCAGUCGGAGGAGCUGUUGCGCCGCGCCUUCGGCCCGAAGAUCCUGCCAGCGCUGCUGCUGCCUGAGCUCGAGCCUUCAGACUGGCUGGUGAUGUUCUCCUCCGCCGCGGUGCUGGGCUCGCCGGGCCAGUGCGCCUACGCGGCCGCGAACGCUGCCAUGGACGGGCUCGUCUCCGCUUCCGACUCUGGCUCUGGCGCCAGGAUGCUCAGCGUCCAAUGGGGGCCUUGGAGCGAGGUUGGGAUGGCAGCCAGCCAGGAUGUGCUGGGCAGAGCUGAGCGGCACGGAUUUGGAGCUUUCACCAACCGCCAGGGGAUUGAUGUUUUGGACCACCUCCUGUCACACGGCGCCCUCGGUUGCGUGUGCGCUGCGCGUGGGGACCUCGCCCAUGUCCCCUCAGCCAGCGCCAAGGCCCCAGACAAUCGGGGCCCAACUCCAGAGCUGGGAGUUCUGAUUCGGCGUCUGGUGGCUGAGCUGACGAGCCAGGAGGAAACUGAGGUGAGCGUUGAUGCUGAGCUGGUGGACAUUGGGCUGGACUCCCUGGGGGCUGCGAACUUGUCACAGGGCCUCUCCAAGGAGCUAGGGGUGAAGGUAUUGCCCACCCUCGCCUCAGAAGCCUCCACUGUGAGAGACCUGGAGCAAGUCUUGGCCCGGGAGCUGGCAGCGGUGCCGCUGAUGGGGGACUUUGAAGCCGCGACAAGCAAGUUGCCCACUCUCGUGGUGGGCGCUGGCGUGGGCGGGGUGAUCUUUGCACAGCAGCUCCACAUGGCAAGGGAGAAUGUCAUAGUCAUGGAGAAAGGGGACCAGCCGGGUGGCUCGUGGCACCUGGGAAAUUCAUCGUCCCGCCUGCAGAUCGACUCCCCUUCCUACAUGUUGAACUACGAGCAGCAGUUCAACUUGCCUGCCUACCCUUCCAAGGAGCAGAUCCUUACAGAGGUGCGCAACGCAGCAAAGGUGCUGCCUGAUGUGAGGCUGGGUCACAGAGUGACGUCUGUCAAAACACUGCAGCGCGGCCAGUACCAAGUCAGCUUCAUGAACCAGCUUGAAGAGGAGCAGUCCAUGACCGUGGGCGGCGUGGCUUUCUUUCUGGGAGGCCUGCACCAUCCCAGGAAUGUAAAUUACCCAGGCGAAGAGCGGUUCACCGGAAAGAUUGGCCUUGGUCACAAGGAUGACGUGGAUCCUGGAUUCUUCAAGGACAAGGAGGUGGUCAUCGUGGGCCAUGGCGCCUUUGCUGUGGAGAACAUGCGCACCGCGCUGCAGCAGGGGGCCAAGCGCGUGACCAUGGUGGCUCGGCGCCGGAACGUGGUCUUCCCCACGGUAGUAAAUUGGCUCAUCAACUCCGUGCAUAGCACCCUGUCCAUCCGGGAGAUCCGGCCCAUCCUGGCCAGCUUCUACCAGUCGGUGGGCCUCACGCUGGAUGACCUGCCAGCCUUAAAGGAGGAUUCCAUCGACUUCCGCAUCCCGCCAUGUUCCGACAUCUACUUCUUGGCACAGGCGAUGGGCAAGCUGAAGGUUGUGAUCGGGGAGGUGAAGCGCGUGAAGGAGGGCGCGGUGGUGGUGCAAGAAGGUGACACCCAGCAAGUCAUCGAGUGCACACGCCUGCUCAAGUGCAUCGGCUUCCUCCACGCUCCCUGCGUGGAGCAGAUUCUUGGCAGGCCGCUGGAGCAGGUGGCCAGCUUCUGGAUCGACGGCGACGUUAACCUGGUGGCCAACGACCAGUUCCAGGUGCCUGAGCGCGUGAGCUCGCUUUUGUGCCCAAGCUACUCCUUCUACGUCCACUCCUUUGCCAAUGCCUUCCUCUCCUAUCGGAAGAACCCUCAGGCGCUGGAGGCCUUGUCCAAGUCUACCAAUCUGUCACCCCACGAUGCGGUCACCGUGAUGUGGCAGCACUUCAAGGCCAUGAAGGAGAAGGUGGCAAGGCUGACCUCCGAGCAUCUCCCAUUCUGGCGCUUCGUUGCCCAGCGAAGGGAGGAGUGGCAGAGCAACGCCCAGCUUCUGAACCCCGACUUCCAGGGAGUGCCCAACUUGGACGACUUGCUUCGGCCGGCCAGCUCCAAAGCGGCGCAGUUGUGGCCUUACGAGCCCCAGGACGUGGCCGGGGUCUUGGCGCCCGCGCGCCGGCCGCGGGUGCUCUUCUUCCAUGGCCAGAAGACAGACCGCCUGGUGGCGAUCGAGCUGCUCAAGGCGCAGGGCUGGUGGCAGCAGAACCUCGAUUUCGUGAUCCCCGAUGGGCCGCAUGUUGUGGAGGCCGACGCAGACCCGGAGCAGCUGCAGCGGGUGGGUCUCACCCAACUGGUGGCCAGCAAGAAGUACCGACCCGGGGCGGCCUACAAGGAGUGGCCCUCCAACUUCCAGAUGUUCUUCGACCUCCACAUGGGCAACAUGUCCAAAACAGAGAUUGAGAGAGCGGCAGAAGCCGAAAGCCGACGCUACAGCGAGGCCUUUCAUUACCUCAAAGAGGUGUCCACCAGAUUCGGCCCCUUCGACGGAGUGGCAGGCUUCUGCCAGGGAGCCGCCUUUGCCCAGGUGGCUCUUUGUCAACAGCGGGCGGGGCAUGACCUGGGCUUGCAGGAUGUGAGGAUGAUGAUCGCCAUGGCGCCCUGGAGGUGUCCCUAUCAUGAGCACCUGGAAAGGGUCGGCCAAUUUGACAGCAAGCUUGAGAUGCCGCUCUUGCUGAUGCACGGGCGCCAGGACCUUGACAUGUUCAAAGAGGCAAUCCCAGCCUUCAGCAAGAGCUUUCGGGAGGCGCGCGUUGUGGCGUUCGAAGGUGCCCAUGCCUACCCGCCUCUUGCCCGUUCACCGGACCUGCGGGCAGAAGUGCAGAGGUUUUUGAAUGAGAGCCAGCGCCGUUUUUGACCUACUAGAUUCCGUAGCGUUCGCCGUAUGUCAGAAGUAGGGACCCUCCAAAUGGUUGGUUUCAUGUUUGCUUUGGGC